GGUCGUGGUCGUGGUCGUGGUGUCAUCUUCACACAUUUCGCUCCCAGCCGCCAGCCAUCAGCCUUUAGCCUGGCCUAGGCUGGGCUAAAUUGUGCUGUGCCGUACUAUGUUGGGCUGUGUUGUGCUGGGGGCAAGCGCUCAUUAGUUGCAAGUUAUUAUUAUAACAUCUUCAAUCGAAACAGCAGGAGGUGGCAUAUUUUGGGCAUACAGGUGUAAGCGCGUUGGCGGCAGCAAACAUUAUUAUUUUUUUUUUCGACGCUCAAAAGAAAACUGCAUACCAGUACUUUUAAAACAGCAACUACAACUACUGCUUUAUAAUCGUUUGCUCUACAACAACACCAUUACGAAUUGUUGGCGCUUUAGUUGGCUCCAAAGAAAGCGCUGCCAGCGUGUAACACCCAGUGGCAAACGCCCAACGAACAACGUGUCGCAUUGCCAAACGUACGCGCAUCCAACGCGAACACGCUCCGUGCCACACUACAAGCGCAAUCGUAAUUAGAAAACGCAUUUGCAGUCAAAAUUUAUUGCAUUGUCCUUAACGUGUUGUCGCUGUCGUAGUCGUUGUUGUGUACUUCGUUGUGCCGUUACGUAUCGUCUCACACCUAUUAAAAACAUCUGGUGUCGUCCUUAUUGUUACUAAACGUAUAAAAAAAAGUGAGCAUCCUUUGCUGUAUCGGAAAGUUUUGUGACUAGUUUUUAACAAAGCAACGGCAUGGAUGAACUCUCCAAAGACCAAAUCGAAUUGCUGCGUAACGCGUUCAAUGCAUUCGAUGCCGAGAAGAAUGGCUACAUCAACACCACCAUGGUGGGCACCAUUCUCAGUAUGUUGGGCCAUCAGUUAGACGAUGCCAUGCUUGCCGAAAUUAUCGCUGAAGUCGAUGAAGAUGGUUCGGGACAAAUUGAGUUCGAAGAAUUCACCACAUUGGCGGCGCGUUUCCUUGUUGAAGAGGAUGCUGAAGCGAUGCAAGCCGAACUGAAGGAGGCAUUCCGUUUGUACGAUAAGGAGGGCAACGGUUACAUCACCACCGGUGUGCUGCGUGAAAUUCUGCGUGAAUUGGAUGAUAAGUUGACAAAUGACGAUUUGGACAUGAUGAUUGAGGAAAUCGAUUCUGAUGGCUCCGGAACGGUUGAUUUUGAUGAAUUCAUGGAGGUCAUGACUGGCGAGUAAAGAGUGUAUUGGCAACUAGGCGCAACGUAAUGCAAUUGCUUCAGUUUUUUUUUUUUGUAAUUACUUAUAUACCUAUGUUUACUGCCUAUAGCAAUUAAAGAUUGAAGGAACACUCACACACUAACUCGUCAGGCAAUUCAUCAGCGUAACGCAAAUCAUGUCUUGUCAACUUUUGGUUUUUGUUUUUUUGAUAUUAUUAUUUUACUUGCGAAUUGGCGUCUUUUUUUGGAAAUGAUUGCACUGCAAGUAAUUUCUUAUACUUAUACUUAUAUUUAUAUUUAUUGUUGUAGUUUUAUUGUUUCAUGUCAUAGAGACUAAAAAUUAAAAAUUAAAUCAACAAAAGAAAAGCAAACGUUAAAUGUUAAAGUGCUUUAUGUUAUACUUAAAAAUAUUGUUAAUUUUUCAUGCACUUACAUACAUAUAUACUUAUAUACGUUUAUUUAUUAGAAACAUGCUCUACAUUUUAAAGUUUUGUGUCCAAUUUUUAUUAUACAAUAACCAAACCAAACUGCUUAAAAUACUCAAUCACUGGCUUGUGACCGUCUGAAUACACUGUAGUCACAAAUGUCAAACAUUAAUAAAAUACAUUACAUUUUUACAUAUA